AUGGCGCGAAGGCGCAAAAGGGGCGGGGGAGCGACCGGCGCCAACGGGAGGGCGGGCGGGAAAGCAGCAAGGGGGCGGCGGCGGGCGAGAGGAGCCGCCAGCGGGGCUGCGAGGGCGGGACCGGCGCAACCUGGGCGUGGCGGUCGCGACCCCGCCACCGGCUGGGAGGGCGCGGACCGGCGCCACCGGGGAGGGGGGCUACCGCCGCCACCGGUGCUGAGGCGGGGGUCACCGGCGCCACGGGAGGCGGCGGGCGCGACGGCGCAACCGGGGCUGCGGCGGGCGAGACCUGCGCCAGCGGGGCGGCGGCGGCGGGACCGGCGCCACCGGUGCGGCGGCGGGCGGACCGUCCCCCGGGGCGGCGGCGGGGUCGACCGGCGCCACGGGGCGGCGGUGCGCGACCGUCGCCACCGGUGGGCGGCGGGGGCGACCGGCGCCAACGGGGCGGCGGCUGGCGACCGCCGCCACCCGGGCGGCGGCGGGGGCGACCGGCGCCACGGGGCGCGGCGGGCGGGACCGCCCGCCACCCGGGCGGCGGCGGGCGCGAGCGCCGCACCGGGCGGCGGCGGGCGGGCCCGCCGCCAGCGGGGCGGCCGGCGGGCGCGGCGCCGCCACAGGGGCGGCGGCGUGCGGGACCGCCGCACCGGGGCGGCGGCGGGCGGACCGGCGCACCCGGGGCGGGCGGCGGGCGCGAGUCGACGCAACGGGGCGGCGGCGGGCGGGCCGCGGCCAUCCGGGGGGCGGCGGGCGACCGGCGCCACCCGGGCGGAGGAGGGCGCGACGCGGCGCCACCGGGGCGGGGCGGGCGGGAACCGCCGCACCCGGGCGCGGCGGGCGCGACCGCCGCCACCGGGGAGGCGGGCGGGCGGACGCCCGCCGCACGGGGCGGGCGGGCGCGACGCGACACCGGGGCGGCGUCGGGCGAGACCGGCGCCAGAGGGGCGGCGGGCGGGCGCGACCGCCGCAAGCGGGGCGGCGGCGGCGGGACCGGCCCACCGGGGCGGCGGCGGGAGAGACGGCGCCACCGCUGCGGCGGCGGUGCGCGGCGACAGACACAGGGGCGGCGGAGGGCGGGGACCGCCGCACAGGGGCGGGGGGGCGGACCUGCGCCACCCGGGCUGCGGCGGGCGCGAGCGCCGCCACCGGGGCGGCGGCGGGCGCGACCAGAAGACAAGCGGGCGCGCGGAGGGCUAG